AUGAGCCACAGGACCUCCUCCACCUUCAGAGCGGAGAGAAGCUUCCACUCCUCUUCCUCCUCCUCCUCUUCUUCCUCUUCGGCCUCCCGUGCCCUCCCAGCCCAAGACCCACCCAUGGAGAAGGCCCUGAGCAUGUUUUCUGAGGAUUUCGGCAGCUUCAUGCGGCCCCACUCGGAGCCCCUGGCCUUCCCAGCCCGUCCUGGGGGGCCAGGGAACAUCAAGACCCUUGGAGAUGCCUAUGAGUUUGCAGUAGAUGUGAGUGACUUCUCACCUGAAGACAUCAUUGUCACCACCUCUAACAACCACAUCGAAGUUCGGGCUGAAAAGCUGGCGGCCGAUGGCACAGUCAUGAACACCUUCGCCCACAAGUGCCAGCUGCCUGAGGAUGUGGAUCCCACGUCGGUGACCUCGGCUCUGAGGGAAGACGGUAGCCUCACUAUCCGAGCUCGGCGCCACCCGCACACAGAGCAUGUCCAGCAGACUUUCCGGACAGAGAUAAAAAUCUGA